AUGUUACAGUUAUUAGAUGAAAUUGAUUUUAAUAUUUAUUGUCCGAGAUUUUAUAUAAUAUCUAGCGGUGAUAUACUGAGUUCAAAUAAAGUAAAGGAGUUUGAAGAUAAUCAUAGUAAAGGAAAGGAAGAAGCAGCUAUAGAAAAUGUCGAAUUUUUUAUAAGAUACAUACCGAGAAGUCGCAAAGUUGGACAAUCAUGGUUUUCAACAGUAUUCACUGUUUUAAAUACAUUAAUAGUGUGUUGCAAACUUAUUUUAUCGGAAUUACCAGAUCUGAUAAUUUGUAAUGGUCCUGGAAAUUGUGUACCUGUAUGCAUGAUUUCAUAUAUACCAAGGGUACUUGGGAUCAAAUGGAUUCGUCUAAUAUAUAUUGAAUCUUUUGCUCGUGUCCAUACACUUUCUUUGAGUGGAAAAUUGUUACUGAGAUUUGUUGAUAAAUUUCUUGUUCAAUGGCCAUAUUUAGUAAAUAAAUAUCCUCAAGCUGAAUAUAAAGGAAUAUUGGUUUGA